AUGGCAGGUCGCACUUCUGAACGCGUCGAGGCAAACUCACAUACCCGGUCUUUUACUGGAUGCGCAACGUGUCGGACUCGACAUAUCAAGUGUGAUGAGGGGCUUCCUACAUGUUCCAUGUGUUCGUAUGCGGGUCUUUCCUGUUCUGGAUACAAGAAGGACUUUUUCUUUGAUGCCAGAAGUCCCGACAGUCCAAUUCGCUUUCGUCGACCACCAUUGACAGAAGAAGAACGCCAACGGAUGAGUCAAUGGCUAACAUCGGUCGCUCCUCCAAGAUCAACGAAUAAAUUACUUCUGAAGAUCGACGAGGAAGGCGAAACAUGCACACAUGGGCCAGAAGGGCUGCAACUGUCUUUUGGUCCGUUCGGUUUAUUCAAGGUGCAGCUGGAGAAAGAUAUACCGGUCUCGCCAUGUGAACCUCAACUCCCCUAUUUGGAGGAACUUGACGAUACGUCUAUAAAUAGUCCCUCACAGGACAUGUCACAAAUACUGGAAACUUUCCCUGCGGGCUUAGCAUAUUCGCAAUGGUCGCCCGGGUUCAUGCAGUCACUUCUUGAGCCGCCUGAUCAAGACCCUAGCCCAGUGUCCUCGGACUUAUUGGGUCUGGCAAUGAAUUCGAACGAUCCAGAAACUCCGAUUCCAUCACAAGACUAUCGCCUUACAAGUUUCAUACCAAAUACAUAUUUCAAUUCAAUAUCUCCAACUUCUAUCACCUCCCCUCCCAGUCUCACGGGCGCCAUUCCACAAGACGCCGUUUUCCUUCUAAAACACUACUCAUCAACUGUUAUAAGUCUGAUGACGCCAGUUCGACAUAAGAAGACUCCUUGGCAUGUUUUAUUUAUACCCCAUGUAAAGGAAUGCUUGGCAGCUCUAGCUCUCGGCGAAAAGAUGAGCCAUGCUAGUUUAUGCACUUUCUACGGCACUCUCGCUAUCAGUGCCUUCAGUCUAAGCGGUGUCUCAAGGUCUAAAAACUGGCUUGAACAGGGAGAAACAUAUCUUCAGCGUGCACAACAUCAUGCAAAGCUGAUGUUGAGGACAGCCUACGAUGCCGAAAAGCCAGCAAAAUACAAGGCUAUUUUGAUGGCAAUUCUCACCAUGGUACAGGUCUCUAACUUCUCCGCCUGUGGAGACCGUCACCAGACAGAAAUGUACUUCUUAGAGGCUGAGAAAUUUAUCCGCUUGAAGGGACUAAAGCGAAAGAAGUCGCGCAAGGUCCGUCUUCUGCAUCAUUGCUACGUCUUUGAACGAAUGUUCCACGAGAGCAUAUUCAUCUGCGGUGCCAAUUCAGUCCAACGCCGUCAUGUGCGUCGAACAAUUGAAUCGAGUGGUCUUUCUCGCUGCAGUGUGGACGGUCUUUCCUUCCGUUUAUACAAGUGGCAGAAUUUGGAACAGGAGAUGCAACGCGUUAGAGAUCGUGAAGAAGGUGAAAACGACCUUCACCUUGAACGUCCUGGUCUCUUCUCUGCAACACUGUAUCCAGAGAUUUUCGGUGUUCCAGAGCCAUGGGUUCUUCUCCUUUCCCUUGCGAUUCGUCUUGGCGUUGAGAAAGAUGAAGCAGAGCAAGAACCCCACGGCAGCGGUCUAAAUCUCAAAGACUACAUCAGUCGUGCUAAAGCGCUAGAAGACUAUAUCAACCAAAUGCAACGACCUAACCAAGCUUUCCCAUUUAUGACCCACCAACCUUCCUCCAUUGAUCAACAUAUCCUGGAAACCAUGCUCGAGGCCAUGCGACAUGCUCUAGCAAUUUACUUUUAUCGGCGGAUCCAUGACCUCAAUGCAUCAAUGUUACAAGACAAGGUAGCCAGUGUUCGAGACUGCUUACUACAAUGCGAGUACGCGGACUCGAGUGUUGUGCACGGCUCUGCAGGCUUUUUCUGGCCCGCGUUUAUUGCAGCUUGCGAAGCUGAGGAUCCUGAGGUGCAAAAGUCCUUCUCGGCCUGGUUUGAUAUCUCGGCGCAGCGCAGUGGCCUAUCCUGCUUCAAUCAGACUUUGAAAUCAAUUGAAAAGAUUUGGGAAGAGAAACGUCGUGCUCAGGGGUGUAGUUUUACAUGGUUGGAUCUUAUGAGGAGAGCUGGUUCUCAGCAGCAGGGGUCGGCUGUGUAA